UCCCUGUAGAAACAAAAAGCAUCGUCAGUUCAAAGCAAAAAUGAAGAAACCUGCUGGUUCAGACCUUCAAUGAGAUGAAUAUCUCCUCUCCAGAGCUCUAUAGAGCUCACCCACUCCUGAGCAUCAUCCUUGAGUCUUCGAAGAUAUCUGCGAGAGUUCCUUCUCCACUGUCUCCAACUGCUUAGUUCUUUAGCUUCUUCCUGACGCUGUGUCCUACAGACAGUAAGAGAUCUCUAAAUAUCCCUUUCGAAAAUGAAAACUACCAACAUUUCAGAAUCAGCAAAGCAUUUCCUACUUGUUCCUCCUUUUCUGAGCCAUGGUCUUGGCAAGUUCCCUGAUCGGACGCUCGCCGUCCAUUGGUUUCUCGGCAUGUCUGUUUGUGAAGGUGCUCACAGUCCAUUUGCCGCUACCGUGGGAGCUUAGCCGAGCCCUGGAGCUGCUUCUUCUCUUCGAGGCACCUGAUGACGACUUCCUACGGUACAGCAGAGACUGGUAGCUGGGCAGCUGGUCCAGCAGCGGGUUACUGGUGACCCUUCUGCUACGGCACGUUCACUUCCUGGUAACGGGCAGUUUCUCAUCUGACCUGAGUGAUGGUUGAGCUCCGACUGACUCUGGAGAAGGGGACAGUAGCUCUUGAAUAGUUCUUUGACUACUCGCUUUUUCUCUUUCUUUUUCUCCAGCUGCGAACAGUUGCCAGGAUCUCCAUAGAAAUAAUUGACACGACUGAAGACGCUCAUGUCAAGAUACAGCAACGGAGGGGUUUUUAAUCCAGCCUACCAUGACAGCGAAACUUUGGAGCUUGACAGGUCCAACAGAGGACGGCAUCACACGAACCCAUAUGCUGGAGAAGAUCCAGCCAGGUGGAAUCAUGGUGCCGCAGCUCAUCACUACCCGACUGGUCAAAGCAGGAACGAUGGGUCAGCUCGGGUCCCGUGGGGUGGAUGGCAAGAGGAGAGCUGGCGGGGCAGGGAGAGCAUCCCCAUGGGGCUCCUCUCUACACGCCCCGAGAGCCCGGGAUUUCAGCAUGACUUCAGCCACAGCACUUUCCAGAUCAACUCCAGCAGCCAGUAUGAUGGAUUCUCAUCCACUCGACUUCCUUUGGCAUCGACAGCAGGACACAUGACAAUGAGAUGGCGGGGCGCUGGAAUGAGAAGGAUGGGCAUGUUUCCUGACGCAGAUCCUGCUCACGCGGCCUUCACAGAGGAAGCCAUCAGAAGCGAGAUGGAAAACGAGGAGCAGGACCUGGUUAAAGAACUUGUCGGCCUGUCAACAAACGAGAGAGUCAGUGCCAUUCGGAACCUCCCCAUGACCUUCGAGGAGAAGAAACACAUACGGCACCAGGUGUUGGCUUUCAAGUCCUCCAAGCGGGAAUUCACGUGUUUCUCUGACUGCACAGAAAACAUAUCACUAUCUCUCCGCAGGUGUGAUUACUCUCUGAGGUCAGCCAGACAGAGCAUGGAGCUAUGGCAGGGAACGUUUAAGGAAAUCGGAGGCCGAUUUGGGACAAGCGUCCUCUCCUACUUCCUCUUCCUCAAGUGGUUGCUGUUGCUCAACAUUAUCUCCUUCCUGGUCAACUUUGGCUUCAUCACCAUCCCACUGCUUGUUUAUGAUCACACGCCCAAUGUACCUGCAAACCUCAACUUCAGAGGACUGGAGAUCCUCACUGGAGCUGGUUACUUCAACUACACCGUGAUGUACUACGGUGGCUACAGCAAUGAAACACUUUCUGGUACGGUGGAAUACAACAUGCAGCUGGCUUAUUUUUUCACCAUCAGUGUGUACAUGGUGCUGUGUGGGUUCACGCUCAUCUACAGCAUGGCGAGCUCUUUCAAGACGAACUACGUUCUAGUGGGCACCGUUUCGAACAGCGCCUGGCAGCUUCUGUGCAGCUGGGAUUUCAGCUUGACCAAUGAGAGAGCAGUAAGACUGCGGAGGAGCAACCUUCGUGUUCAGCUAAAGGAAUCUUUGUCAGAAAAAGCCCAGCGGAAUCAGUUGACCAACAAAGAGAAGCUCAAACACUACGGGAUUCAUCUGGGCUCGUGGCUCCUCUCCACGGGUCUGGCGGUGGGCUGCGCUGCCAGUGUCUACUUCCUGUGCCAAUUUGAAGGCGGGCGGACCACUGACGACGAAAACUGGACCCUGAUUCAGGAGGCAGAGACUCUUCUUGUUCCCUUUGUGGUGUCGCUGAUCAACCUGGUCAUCCCACUCUUCUACUCCCUCUUCAACAAGUUCGAGUGCUACUCCAGCCAGAGGCGUCAGAUCUACGCCCUGGUGCUCAGGAACGUCAUACUCAAGAUGUUCGUCCUGGGCAUUCUAUGCCACUAUUGGAUGCAUGUGGUUGCACAGAAUUUCUCAUGUUGGGAGUCCAUGGUGGGACAAGCUUUGUACCGUCUGGUCAUAUUCGACUUCUUGUUUCUAAUGUUGGGCUCCUUGUUUGGAGAGUUUCUCAGCAAUGUGAUCGGGACCAGAGUCUUCCCUCGUCUGGGGGUUCCCGAAUUUGACGUGGCGAGAAACGUUCUAGAGCUCACCUAUUCCCAAACUCUUGCCUGGAUUGGAAUUUAUUUCUCUCCACUGCUUCCUGCCAUCCAGAUCCUUAAGUACUUCCUCCUGUUCUACCUGAAGAAGGUCAGUCUGACACGCAACUGUCAACCUCCGCGGCGUUCAGGCAGGGCAGCUCAGAUGAAGACCAUCUUCAUCGCCCUGCUCUUCUUCCCUUUCUUUGUGGGAGCACUGUCUGUGGUGGGCUACACUUCCUGGAGUUUGAUCCCGUCCCAACAGUGCGGUCCGUUCCGUGGCCUCAACAACACCUUCAGCGUGGUGGGUCACUGGAUCGACGAUCUGGAGGGCGUUAUUGAGUCGGAGUGGGUGGUUUGGAUUUACAAGAACGUCAUCAAAAGCGAAAUCUUCUAUUUCCUGUGUACACUCAUUAUAUUGGUGGUCAUUUAUAUCUUCUGGCAGGUCACUCAGGGCCGUAAGCAGCUUAUCAGCCUCCUGAGACAACAGAUUGUUAACGAGGGGAAGGACAAGUCGUUCUUACUGGAGAAGUUGAGAAACAUGCAGCAAUCUCAACCAGACCCCAAGCCCAAACAGAAGAAACAGAGGCAUCAUAAACGUCAAGAUGAUCCCUCAUCGAGCGGACAGUCAAACUCCAAUGCAGUGGUCCAAGGUUUAUUUGCCCGCCAACAGCUCGAGGAAAAGGAGAGGAGCAGCCACGGAGGCGUGCUGGUUCCUUCAGACCUGAGCCCAUCCAGUGCCCUGGCACAAGCUAUGGCAGCCAGACAGAGAGCCACGAGCCAAAACCAGUUUGCAGAUCCUGAGAUGGCUUUGGGUUCAGCAGGGUACACAGUCACGCAGGUCAGACACAGAGAGGAGGACGUCUCUGGGUCCUCGGUGUCCAGCGUGAUGAUGCAGGUGAUGCAGGCCAGGCAGAGAGUGGAGGAAGAGGACGGGAUGCAGUGGGUGUCUGACCCGGCCCACACAAGCUCCAGCGCUCUCAUACAGGCCAUGCUCGCCCGGCAGCAGGCCCAGAACGAGUUCGAUGAUGGAUAUUAAACUGGCUGGAAUGUGAAAACACAAACUUCCAUACAACGCCACCUUGUUUCCUCCAUAUUUUUUGGACCUAAAAUUGUGUCUUAUAACAGCCGUCUGGUCAUUUGAUGUGUUUUGAUUCAUCCAACUGUGUUUAUUUAUGAACUUGGUAAGUGAGACUUUCGUGGCGAUUUAGGGAUCUGGACCACUGAAGCCAUCUUUUUGGAAGGUCUCCAGGACGCCUCCGAGAAUCUUUGUGUCAUACUUGGCCUGGGAGCUGCUCCGUUUGGAUGGAUACCUCAAUGAAACAGCACUCAAAAAAAGGAAGAUAACGUUGAAAACGUUGCAGUGGAAAAUGUGCCAACAUGUGUGUCAUGCAAGACUGUCAUGUUUUCUUUCCUUCUUAUUAAAAACGCUGUUAUGUAAUUCACUCUCACGACAGUCCGUUUCUCAUGAGGGAUUAGACAGUCCCUGAGGCAGAAGCACUGCCCUCCUCUGGUGAAAACAUACACCUCAUUUUUAAUGCCUGACUUUUUUUUAUGUUUAAUAAUUCCUACCUAUGUCUAAGUUUGUUUGGUGUUAUGA